AAAAUAGAUUCAAAAGGGGUUGUUUAGUUAGGGUUUAAGAUUUUAGCAAAGUGGCGGAUAAGUUUGCUUAUAAGCUUACAAUGGAAACAAUAGUUUCUGAAAUCAGCAUACAUAUGCCUCCUCUUCAGAAGAAGACUUACCGUAUCUGUUUCGACGAAGCUGAGCAUAUGUUUACAAUUGCUUUAUGCGGUCAUGAAUUCUGUACGGAGUGCGUGAAACGACAUAUAGAAGUGAGGCUACUCGAGGGAAGUGUACCAAGAUGUCCACAUUAUCAUUGCGGGUCUAAGCUAAGUUUUACAAGCUGUGCCAAUCUUUUGAUGCCUAAACUAAGAGAGAUGUGGGAAAGAAGGAUCAAAGAGGAAUCGGUUCCUAUGGCGGACAGAGUUUAUUGCCCAAAUCCAAGGUGCUCGGCUUUAAUGUCGAAAACCGGAGAUGGAACUAUGAGAUGCUGUUUUGAAUGCGGUGAGCCUGCAAAGUUGCGUGGCAUAGUAACUUGUCGUGCGACGAUUACAAGAGAUUGGGUCCAAAUCCUACAGAAGAUGAUAUAAAGCUCAAAGCUUUAGCAAAUCAAAAUAUGUGGCGUCAAUGUGGAAAUUGCAACAAAAUGAUGAAUUUUCU